CACCGCGCUGCGCCUUGUCAUGCCUUUGAAUAACUUGAACUCUGCUUCGCGAGCCGUCUUUAUCGACGCUGAACUGUGUUCGAGCUGUGAGCGCGUACGGUGAGAAAUUGGCUGAGCUUCGCUGGCUUCGUCUUUGCCUUGUAUAUGGUUUGAUCUCUACGCAUGCACUGCGGAGCCGACUUAUCGACUCACCUUUAUAAGGGCGCUGCUGUCUAAUUGUCUCGUUGUUGCACCCACUUUUCAUCUAGCUGUUCCUAGUGAUUGGGCUUUAGAACGAGUCAUAUCUACCCCUUUAGAACCUUUUGGCAUGGGCGGACGAAAGGCCGCAUACGUUGUGACUGUUGGGACUGUCCCGGGCGUGUAUGACAACUGGGAAGAAACGGCCGAGAAAGUGGUGGGCGUUCCCCGCUCAGUGUUUAAGGGAUACUCGACGAUGUUGGAAGCUAGAAAAGCAUACCGCGAUGCACUAAUAGCUCAACGCGUGAAAGUGGUAACGGUUGAAGACCCAGGGCCGAACGGUGACUUGAACAAUCCUCGAUAUACAGUUCCACCACCUCUUGCGCCCAGCCCCUCAAGUUCGAGCACUUCUAGCUCGUCUUCACAACAUAGCAGUCAUACAGUCAUACCCGCGAGUCAUUCGACGCUGGUCACAAUAUAUCCUGACCGGUCUCAAGCAAAGCAACUACAAAGCAUAGCACAAAGUUCUACCUCGGAUGGGGCGGGUUCGCCUCCUACAGUGGGAACAGUGCAGACUGCAAUGGACAAUCUGUCAGUUUCCUCUGAGAGGAGGCGACAUGGUGGUGAAGGGACAGUCUCCGGUCCCCUCACCACCACACGCAGUCGUGAGAGUAACGAAGGGAGCAGCUCGAUGUCAAGGUCGCGAUCAAUUCGCUCGUCCCCUCCGACUGCAGUGACACAAAUAGAGCCCUCGCUUUCUAGCAGGCAUAUAUCGUCGAGUGGAUCUCCUUCAGUCACUUGGGGGUCACUUCCUAUAAGAUAUAAUCUGCACGUUAAGUCGUCUUCGUCGGCGAACUCGGGGUCAGGAAGUUCGCCAGAGAGUGCAGCUAGAUCUUCGACGAAAUCCCGGCGUUCGAAGCACCGCAGGAAAAAGUCUCCUCAGUCCUCCCCUGAAGCAGGAAUACCCCAUAUUGGUUCCUCUCCUAUGACUGAGGUGACUUACAAACAUUUUUCCAGUUCCUCUCAGCCUUCUUUGGGAGCUUCCUCUUCUCGGCCAAAUACAGUGCGUCGUGCUGAUGCUUCGAAAUCCCCCAUUACUCGCCCUUUACGCACGCAAGAUGUUGGGUCAACUGGGCUGUCAAUCGCAUCGUACUCCGCAUAUACUCAUUCUCCUGACAAUGCUUCUGGUACGAGGGUAGACAACCCUUCUUGGUCACCGCAGACCAACGUUACCUACAUGAACUCUGGGUCAUAUUCACCAUUGCCAUCUGACCGUUCUUCCGUAGUAGACGAAGGAUUUGCUACUGCGCCCUCAUCUCCCGAUUCCAUCCCAUCAUACCCGAACGAUAAUAGGGAUGAAAUUCAGGCGAUCGCUUCAAGCUCUCCACCGGCAUCGGUCUCUGCGCGCAUUCCAACUCCAGACCGGUCAAGUGACAGAAUCAGACUAAUUGCUAGUCCCGGUUCUAGCAAUGGGCGGAGUAGUGUACACUCAAAGUCGUGCCACUCCGAACGUACUACCGUCUAUUCGGAAGCAGCGAUUCAGACGGAUCCCACACCAACUGCGCAACCUCAGGCCCCUUCUGCUCCUGCGCCUGCUGCGCGGAUCUGUCAUCGUUGCCAACAGUCUCUGCCUUCAUCGCCUGCGUUUGGUGGCGAUACCGUACCUGCAACGCCAAAUGCUCAGUUGACCGGUCUCCCAAGUACCAGCUAUGAAGCAUAUGAAGGAUUGAACGCACUGGGAUUGACGCAGAGCAUGUUUGUUCCGAAUAUGUCCCAUGAGCCUGGGCUGGAUCCACGCUCUCCGAUCGCCAGAAGUACUUCUCUUCCUGCGAAUGCGCCAGCUUUUGGCCGCCCAUCGCCAAGACUGUACGAUGGUCAAGAUGUUCGCCCUUUCAUCCACCAAGGUCGUUAGACACGAUCAUAUCACGCCCAGGCUUCUUGAUGCUCGAAAUGCGAAGUUAUGUAUUCCCUAUUUCUCGUCGUUGUACCAUAGAUCUCAGCUGAUUUGUACGCGUACUAUCUACUAUAUGUAUUUCAUGAUUUGCGCCUGGUACUAGGCAACUCAGUUUACUGUCUUCCACUCACCGCUCCAACUGUAACCAUGGGAAAUGCUCGCUGUCCAGCGCAACACGAUCAUGUCAGUGACCGAGAUCUCGACUCUGAUUUGCGGCGAAAGGAAUGACAGUCAUGGAAAAUGAAUCACAUAACUGCCAUAAGUAUUCGUCUGUUCCAGCGCCAUUCCGGUCAAUUCAAUCAGGAGCAGCGCAACUGACCUAGCAUGAGAACUGAUGGUAUUCAGUCGGGUAUGUCUGUCAACAGUUCAUCUCAGAAUCAUGAUUUGUUUUUGCAAGC